CAGUCUAGUCUUUCCCUUCCCCAACCUCACUUUUCCUUCCACUUUUCCCUCAGACCAAACAGAAAAAUGAUUAACAGGAACAAGACAAGAGGAAGAAGAAGAAGAAAAUCGAAGUCUGGUAGUCUUUCUCUGAAAGCUUCUCGUAAAACCAGAACAAAAACAAGGAAACCAAAGUUCCUUAGCCUUCUUUACCUUGAAGAAAGCUUACCUCAAAAGUCCCUGAUUAACGACAACAAAGGCAAAGAGAAACAGCUUAACUUGUUUCCACUUCACCCUGAAAACUUAGUUGAAGACAAAGAUACCCAGUGCGAUAAUGUUUCUUUACUUUUCAACACGACAGAGGAAGAUAACGUUCAUGCCGUUACUCUUCAUGGGCUUUUAAACAAUGAAAGUAGUGAUUGUUAUAAGAACGAACCGGCGACGACGACGAGGAAGACGACAACGUCUGUGGAGAGUUCUUUGUCGCCUUCUUUAACGUAUGGGCAUAGUUGUGAAGAUCAUUCAAGGUCGUCGGUUGUACGAUCGGCCAUGAAAGGAACGAAGAAGGAGAUAGAUGAGGGUGAAGAGAAGUGGGUGGUUUAUUCUGAGGUUGUAGAGGAGGUGAGUAGUUGUGGCGGCGGCGGCGGCGGUGGUGGAGACGGUGGUUAUGAUGGUAGUGCAUGGUGUUGUAAGAAGAAGAAGAUGAAAAAGUUGUUGGAUUUGAAGCUUGAUUAUGAGGAGAUCAUGAAUGCGUGGUCUGAUAAGGGCCCACUUUACAUUGAAGGAGAGUCCCCACAAACUGUCCCUGAUUUGCAUGAUGCUGCCCCUGUGCUGGUGGAUGCUUGGGGUAGUGUUUCAAAUUUGUGGAGAGUCCCAGAAAUGGUUAGCAACAAUGAUAAUGGUAGGUUCAAGAUUAAAGAAAAAUUUCAUGGGAAAGAGGAAUGGGGAAGGGGGCACAGAGAAGCAAGUCUGUUAAGAUACAAGGAGAAGAGGCAGAAUAGACUCUUCUCUAAGCGUAUUCGUUAUGAAGUUAGAAAGCUCAAUGCUGAGAAGCGCCCCAGGUUGAAGGGUCGAUUUGUGAAGAGAGAUUGAGAAGUGCAACAAGGACGUUAUGCUAAGGAGUAAGGAAUGAAAAUUUACAUAACCCUGUGGAAGGCAAAAAAAAAAAAAUGAAGCAGCCGUUGAAGCAAUGAUGAAGCGUUAAGGAAUGCUGUUUUUGUCUUCAUAGGGACACCUCAAUGUUUGACAGUCGGGAUUUUCCAAUAGAAAAUUGAGGGAAGGUUUGUUUUAGAUGAAAGAGGUUUAUAUUGUGUAGUUCAAAGCCUGAUGAACUUUUGUAUGUACAAAUAAAAAUUAAAGAAAAAAAUGCUGAAUUUGAGUGUUAAGAGAUCAAAUUACAUGGACCUUUCUUUUAAUAUACUUGAUGCUAUCAGGAUUUGAAUCCUAGCCAUUUACAAGUGAAAGUUCAGUAUUUGAACUCUGGCUAUAAAACUAAGAGUAUAAUAUUUUAUCAGUAAAUCAUGCGGUUGUUGGCGAGCUUAUUCCAAUUCUAAUCACUAUUCAUUCAACGGUAUAGAAAGCUACAUGAUCAAACCUUUUUCAUGCACUCUGCAUUUUUAGCAAUGAAGCAUUAAAGUUUCCUUGAUUCUUAUCCACUUGUAAAAUGGUGUUUUUGGUGACAACUUGUAAAAGUUGUGAUCAUGCCUUGACCAGUGGAGCAGCUGUUGAACUUUCAGAAGGAAUCUGCAUACUGAUAGGCAGCCAUCAACAUAGCAUUAUUUAUGAAACAAUGAUGUUCUAUAGGUUAGCUUGUUAAUUUCAAUUCAAAAUCAUGAUUUAGACCUUAGUAUUUGAUUUCUGAUGCAUUAAAAUGGA